AGGAUGACCAAUCUUGGGGUUAUUCUUGCUAUCUAUAUCGUCACCUUCCUGAUUGGCUUCCCGUCCAACCUCCUGUCCCUCUACACGUUCUUAGUGAAAGUCCGCAAGAAGCCGGCCCCCAUAGACAUCCUCUUGCUCAACCUGACUUUGUCGGACAUCAUGCUUCUGAUCUUUCUGCCCCUCAAAAUGACGGAGGCUGCCCAAAACAACAAGUGGCCUUUCCACAGGGCCCUCUGCACUGUCACCAGCUGCACCUUCCACAGCAGCCUCUCCAUCAGCACCGUUUUCCUCACGGCAAUCAGCGUGGACCGCUACCUGGGGGUUGCGUUUCCCAUCAAGUACAGGUUGAACCGCAGGUCGGCCUAUGCCGUGGCGGCCAGCGUCUUCAUCUGGUUGUUUGUCGGCUCCCACUGUGGCACCGUCUUUGUCGUGAGGGCCCUGCGUAACGAUUCGGUGCAGUCUUCGCAGCACCCUUCCAAUCACGUGGUCUGCUUCAAAGAGUUCAACGAGCAGCAGAAGAAGAUCAUCUACCCCUUCCGGCUGGAAAUCUGCAUCGUCCUCUUCUGCAUCCCUUUCAUUAUCACCUGUUUCUGCUACAUCAAUGUGAUCCGCAUCCUGGCCUCCCUGCCCAAAGUCAAGGCCCGCAAGAAGCAACGGGCCGUAGGCCUGGCUGUGGUUACUUUGCUCAAUUAUGCUCUGUUCUUUGGUCCCUUUAACAUCUCCCACAUUUUUGGAGUGAUACAUUAUGAAGACCCGGAAUGGAGAGAAUAUAGCUUUGCCCUCAGCUCCUUCAACACCUGUUUGGAUCCUUUCAUCUUCUUCUUCUCAUCCAACGCCAUCCGAAAAAACUUUGGUGUCUGUUGGGCUGGCAUCUGCCGUAGGUUCCGGCCCAUUAUACCACACUGCUCUUUGCCCUGCUGCAAGGAUCCCAGAGACAACGAUGAAGGAGGAGGAGCUGUCGGAUUAUCUACUUCAAGCGGACUGGGAGGGACUGGUGCAGCAGCUGAAUCCUCCUCCAGUGGACAUGCUGCAAAGAUCUGGGAGGUCAGCACACUGAACCCUGAGCAAGACGCAUACUGCACAAAGUUCCAAGGAGACGUGGCAAACUAA